ACGAAAAAUCUUAAUAUCCGGUAGCCAUAUUGGUUCAAAAAGUUGUCCUUUUCCGUUUUGUGUCGUGAAAAUGACGGGUUUUAGUAAUAAGGCCAUUAUCAUCGAUGGCCGUGGCCAUCUGCUUGGCCGCUUGGCCGCAGUCAUUGCUAAAGUACUAUUGGAAGGAAACAAAGUCGUUGUUGUUCGAUGCGAACAACUAAACAUUUCUGGCAACUUCUUCAGAAACAAGUUGAAGUUCAUGUCAUUCCUGCGUAAACGUUGCAACGUGAACCCUGCCCGCGGACCUUUCCAUUUCAGAGCUCCAUCAAAAAUCUUAUGGAAAACUGUUAGGGGUAUGAUCCCGCACAAGACGGAGCGUGGAAAGGAUGCACUGAGGAGACUGAGAGCAUAUGAUGGUUGCCCACCUCCCUAUGACAACCGCCGCCGUGUUGUCGUGCCAGCAGCACUCAGAGUGUUCUGUCUGAAGCCUGGACGCAAGUACUGUCACGUCGGACGACUGUCCCACGAAGUCGGCUGGAAGUACCGUGAUGUUGUCCGCAAACUGGAAGACAAGAGAAGGUUCAAGGCUAUCCACAAAGUCGCUUUCGAGAGGAGACUUAAGAGAAUCACGAAGGAAGCCGGAGAGAAGGUAGCGAAGGCGACAGCGCCGUUCACUUCUAUCAUCCAAUCUUACGGAUACAAUUAAUAAUAAGAAAAUUAAAUAAAUUUUUGGACAACCAA